AUUCCGGUGUCCGGGUUCUCGUUAGAUCAUGAACGACGCGAUUUUGCAUAGCGUCGGAGGAGCUCCAGGAGCAUGGUCGGGCGAACCCACACUGGAGCUUCGUCGUAGCUGGGAAACUGCGUUGAAAUCGUGAAGAAUCGUGGAGAAUCGGUAAUGGGUUUUAGAGGGUUUAUGAGCUCAGUUGGACACAUCUCGUGGUGUCCACUGAUUGCUGACAAGGGCAGUGAAGGGAUCUGAGUGUUGGAAUUGCUCAGAAACGGUGCCAAUGGGUUUGUGAGAUUCGAGCCGCAUGGCAGCAGCAUCGGAAAAGGGUGUCAGGUGUUAGAGGAACGCGUGUGGCCGAGGAAACCGCAAUGCGAAUCGUGACGUAUAACGUGUUUAGUCUGCGAGCUCGCCUCGUACCGCCUCGCACCUUGAAGUCUUUCCUCGACUCUCUCGAGUCUGACAUCAUCUGUUUACAGGAGACCAAAUUAACAAGGCAAGAGCUUACGGCCGAGAUAGCAGUGGCGGAUGGAUACGAAUCAUUCUUCUCUUGCACUCGAACUGUCUCAAAGGGACGUGUCCGUUAUUCUGGAGUAGCAACGUUCUGCCGCACACCCACUGCCGUGCCUGUAGCUGCAGAUGAAGGCUUCACAGGUCUUCUCCAUACAAAUCGAACUGGAGAAAUAGAAGGUGGCAAGGCACGGGUUGGGUGCUACGAAGAGGUUUUAAACAUGGAGAAUAUGAGUCGGCAGGACUUACUACAACUGGAUUGGGAGGGUCGCUGUCUAGUUACUGAUCAUGGCUCUUUUGUUUUGUUUAAUCUUUAUGGACCAAGUGUUGGCCCUGAUAAUGAAGAACGCUAUGAAUUCAAGCUAAGAUUUUAUAGAGCUCUACAGAACAGAUGGGAAGGGUUGUUGAAGAAUGGGCGAAGGGUGAUAGCAGUUGGGGACUUCAAUAUAUCGCCUUUCCCUAUUGAUUCCUGCCACUCUGAUUCCAACCCCGAUUUUGAUAAGAGUUCAAUUCGUCAGUGGUUUCGAUCUCAGCUGCGAGCCAAUGGAGGCCCUUUCGUUGACGUCUUUCGAGAAAUCCAUCCAAUCAGAGAGGGAGCUUACACGUUUUGGAACCAAAUGUCAGGUUCAGAAGAAUUUAAUUACGGAACAAGACUUGAUCUUAUCAUUGCGGCUGGCGGUUGUUUCCACCAGGUUCGGUCCGAAGAGAGCAAUUCUCUCUUGAAGGCUGAAGAGAGUCACCAUUUUGGAACUUGUGAAGUUGAGGACUGUGACAUCCUUCUUGAGUUCAAACGCUUCAAAGCUGACUCUGUUCCACGAAGGGGAGGAGAGAAGACCCAAAAAUUGGACGGCUCAGACCACGUGCCUGUUUAUGUGCAACUCAGACCGCAGCCACCCUUAGAACAGCAUGAUGUGCCUCCUCUUGCGGCCCGUUUCAUGCCAGAAAUUCGGGGACGCCAGCAAAGUAUUGCAUCUUUCUUACAGAAAAGAUCUUGUAGUCUGAUUAUGGACAUUGAAGCACAGAAGGAAACGAAGCCUAGAUUGUCGCUUCCCACAGCCACUUGUGUGAGGAAAAAUCCACCCAAAGUGACGAAGUUUCUCAAGUCCCAAAAUAGUAAACAAAAAAGCCUUCACUCGUUCUUCAUGCUGCCAACAACGAAGGGGAAGGAGAACACUGAAGCCGCAAACGCCUUCAAACUUGCCUUCCAAGAUUCAGAUUCUGAAACCCUCUUAAAACCAAGCCUAGAGCAAUCUCAGACGUUUGUGAUUAACAGCCCACAUGACGGAGGUUUAGCCCUUCCCGAGUUUGACGAAGGAAGUAUAGACGCAAGCUCUUCACAUAUGUCUCGAAUUUCAAGAAAUGAUGCACUGCCAUCAUCAGAUAGUCAAGAGACCAAUGCGGAACCCACAGACUCGUCCAACACUAGCUCACUGAAGCAAGAUUGUACCUGUGAAUCACAGAACCAUGUUCCCGAGGCCGUCGAGACUGUCGAGACCGCCGAGACCAAUGAAAAACUAUCAGCUAAAAUCGAAUGGCAGAGAAUUCAAAAGACAAUGAUGAAUAGAGUCCCUAUGUGCUCUGGCCACAAUGAACCUUGUGCUACAUAUGUGAUGAAGAAACCAGGCCCCAACCAUGGAAGAAAAUUCCACUGCUGUGCCCGAGCUCAGGGCCCGUCUUCAAAUCCCGAGGCGAAGUGUAAAUAUUUUAAGUGGCAGAAUAAGUACAAGUAGCCUAGACAAGCAUCGUCUUCCGGAUUCAUUCACUUACUCAUUUUAUUCUCACAGCUACAGUUGUGUGUCAAAGCAUCCCACUAAUUGCAAAAAGUCCUCCGCUUUUGGAUGCCAGUUUCGUACA